AUGGAUGUUGCGCGUAGGCACCAGUUUCGUGAUCACGAAGAAGUGGUCGUUGGAGAGAUAUGCAACUUUGCCGCCUACGCCUUCGCGCCAGCGAUUCUGGUCACUCCCCUCGGUGCAUUGAGCGUCUUGGUCGGUGCCGUCUUGGGUUCAUAUUUCCUCAACGAGAUUCUAGGCGUGUUGGGCAGGUUAGGAAGCGCGAUCUGCUUGAUAGGUGCAGCUAUCAUUGUGCUGCAUGCACCUCCAGACGAGGACAUCACGACCAUUGACGAGAUUCUGAAUCUCGCAAUCCAGCCAGGCUUUCUGCUCUAUGCGAUUGCGGUCACCGCCUACUCCUUUGUCGCGAUAUACAAGAUUGCGCCGGUCCACGGCAAGAAGAACCCGCUCAUCUAUCUGAGCAUCUGUUCGCUUGUUGGAUCCGUCUCGGUCAUGGCGAUCAAGGCAUUCGGCAUCGCCCUGAAGCUGACCUUCGCCGGCAACAACCAGUUCACACACCCUUCGACCUACGUCUUCCUGAUCAUCACCGCCGUGAGCAUCCUGACGCAGAUGAAUUACUUUAACAAGGCUCUCAGCCAGUUCCCCACCAACAUUGUCAACCCCCUCUACUACGUGACCUUCACGACCGCCACUCUUUGCGCCUCCUUCAUCCUUUUCGGCGGCUUCAACACCACCGACACCGUCAACACCAUCUCCCUCCUGUGCGGCUUCCUCGUCACCUUCACGGGGGUCUACCUCCUCAACCUGUCCCGCACCGACCCAGACGGCAUGCGCAUGCUCGCCGGCCAGGGCGGCUCCGACGCCACGGGCACCGACCUGGUCUCGAGCCUGCAGACGCGCAUGAGCAUGGAGGCCCGCCGCAGCUUCUCCGCCUCCCACCGGGGCCACCGCCGCAGCAUCAGCAGCCAGAUGGGCGACCGGCAGGGCCUCAUCCGCGCCUACGACGAGGAGGAGGCGGCCGGCUUCGGGCUGACCGACCUCGCCGAGGACAGCGACGAGGAGGCCAACAGCAGCGGCGCCGCCAACGGCAGGCAGAUGAACGGCGGCGCCGCCAACGGCAACCACCACGGCGGCUCAGAUAAGGAGCGGACCGAGGCCAUCGAGAUGCAGCCGCCCAAGCCUUCGGACAGAUGA